UACUGCCAACAUGAGAGGAAAAUUAGCAAACUGUUUUAUAUCAGAAUGAGCAUUUGAAGCUAAACAAUCCUUUGAAACGGAAAUCUGAAGUAGAGUAGCUUCAUUUCCACAUCUGUAGCACUGUGGCAGUAGACAUGAGGAGACCAAGAGCAGGGGGGAAGAUAGGAUUCCAACAGAGCAACAGUGGCCGGUGCUGGAAAUUGAAAAGUCGGAGCCGGACAAGUAUGGCGGAACCACUGUGACCUCGAGGCGAGAAUACGACAGGAUUCUUUUCGGUAAACAACAACGACAACAAUAACCGCUAAAACUAGUUGGGAAAAAUGGUGGCAAGCAGCAUAGGAAUCAAGGGUUCUACAACAAAUGUCAGCAUGGAUGUGAGAAGAUACAACUCGAUGCCAUUCCAUUAUACGGGGGAAGAAGAAGAGAUCGGUACCUCCCGAGCGAAAAAAAUUGGACUGGGGAAGUGCGGAGGAGGCCCGAUUUCAUUUGAUUUGAGGCGGCGCAGGCACAGAGGAGAGCGCUGCGCCAUGCGCCGACUGGGGAGGAAAACAACAGGUUACGCGAACAGAAUAAGAAAGCGAAUUAAUGGAAUACGCCUUUUCUGGUAUGACGUUUCUACCCCUUAUCCUCAUAACUAUGGGCCAAAGUGUAAUUUGCUCCGGCCAAAUCUCCGUUCCCCUCCUUGUCCCCUGGGGUUUUGCUGUUCCUCGUUGCUGAGCAGUGAUUGGAGGGGCUACCGGGAUUUUUGCUACUUGCCUCCAUUGAUGGCUUAUCUUCUUCUCCAUCCUCAGUUCACUUGCUCCCAGCCCCCUUCUCAUCGAUUGAGGGGUCAAAUACAUUACAAGACAAACAAUAUGGGGAAGAACAUGGCUAAAUCUACAGUGAGUUUGCUUAACCGCAGUGCUAAUUUUGCAUCAAGGACUUCACAAGAUGCCGUGGAUGGGUUAAGCGAUGAAAGUGACGGUGAAACCUCAACAAAAAAGAAGAGAACCCCAAGACGUGGAAGAAAGAAAGCCACCGUUGAAACAUCGAGAGAUGUAGGAGAAGAAAUCGAAGUCAUCACUGAACAAACGGCCGCUGAAGAGACUAAGGAAGUUAAGAGGAGAGGCCGCAAGAAAGCUGCUACUUCUGCAAGCUCAGAAGAGGAGAAGGAUAAGGCCAAGGAACCGAAGAAGAGGGGACGUAGAAAAGUUAAGACUGUAGAGGAACCUAUUGAUAAUGCUGGAGAGCAUCUGAGCAAAGAUUUGAUGCUCUAUAAUGAAAGAGAAGAUCAGACUCGUCUACAGAAUUCUGCCAGUGUUCUGGAAAGUAAAAUAGCGUCAGUGCUACAUGAGGAUAUUGGAGAGGUUGACGAUUUAAUUCCGCUCGUGUGCUGCUUUGGACCUGCCAAAUACUCCUUUAUUCCUUCUGGAAGACCAGCAAAUAGGUUGAUAGACCAUGAGAUUCAUGAUAGAAUGAAGGACAUGUUUUGGUCUCCAGACAAAUUUGUGAGGGCACCAGGAGGGUCUUCAUCCAAUGUUGCUCUAGCUUUAGCAGCGAUUGGUGGAAGGGUUGCAUUCAUGGGAAAAUUAGGUGAUGAUGACUACGGUCAAAGUUUGCUGUAUCACUUAAACAUCAAUGGAGUUCAAACUCGAGCAGUUUAUAUGGACCCUUCAGCACCAACUGCUGUGUCUUUGAUGAAGGUCAGAACCGAAGGAAGUCUGAAGACAAACUGUGUUAAACCUUGUGCUGAGGAUUGUUUCCUGCCGUCUGAUAUCAACCCGGCAGUUCUAAAAGAGGCUAAGAUGUUUUACUAUAAUUCUUCAGCUUUGCUUGAGCCCACUACAGAGUCAUCAUUGUUGAAAGCUAUUGAUGUUUCAAAGAAAUUUGGUGGUACAAUAUUCUUUGACCUUAAUCUUCCACUUCCACUAUGGUCAUCCAGCAAGGAAACCAAGUCACUCAUUAAGGAGGCAUGGGAAGCUGCCAAUAUCAUUGAAGUCACAAAACAAGAACUUGAGUUCCUUUGCAGCAUCAAACCUUCUGAGAAAUUUGACACAAAUGAUAAUGAUAAAUCCAAAUUCACACACUAUAGUUCAGAAGUUAUUAUGAAAUUGUGGCACAGUAAUCUCAAGGUCCUCUUUGUGACAAAUGGUACCUCCAAGAUUCACUAUUACACAGAAACACACAAUGGCUGGGUCCGUGGUACAGAAGAUGCACCGAUCACUCCUUUCACCGGUGAUAUGUCACAAUCUGGCGAUGCCAUUGUUGCAGCCCUCAUGAGGAUGCUGGUAAUUAACCCUCACCUGAUCACAGACAAGGUUUACUUGCACAAGGCAGUCAAACAUGCUAUUAAAUGUGGUGUCAUCGACCAGUGGGUGCUCGCGCGAGAACGGGGCUUCCUUCCCAAAGAGAGAGCAGAUCCAACCAGCGAGCAGUACGAAGUGAAGUCCAUCACAGAGAGGGAAUACCGCACACUUCCUGAUGCCAUGCAAUCAGAAAACACGUCAACCAGUGAACUUGCUUAUGUGGAGUGAAAGGACAGGCCAUUGGUGUCUGUACACUGGAUUCCUCUAUUUAUUUAUGGAAACUGACUGGUGCUGCAGUUGGUAUUCAGAAGAAUUAGUUUAAACAUGCAGAUUUUAGGUUUGUCGAGUGUAGGUUAAUAGCCCCCAAAGUAAGACUAACAUAUUGAUAACAUAGAGACAAUGCAAAUGUGGCUGAUGCCAGGAAUUUUUCCUACAAUGCAAUAUUUGUUCAUUCUUGA